CAUCAUGAAUACCUCUUGCUAAAUUAGCGAGAUAGAGCAGGGAAUUCUUCUUACAUGUGAGAUUUUCAUGCGUGUGUGUUUCUGUCUCGUUGUCUUUCUGUCAUUUUGUAAAAAUCCACAGACUUCCCAAACAGGAUGGAGAUACCGAGUUAUUUUUUGUCCGAGAGUACUUGAGUGCAGCGUCAUCCUCCACCAGACAGUGACGUCACCUCAAAAAGACGAGCCUUGCGUAUAAGGCUGGGAUUUUUUUUGUUGACGUUUCGUUUUCAAUGUUUGAACUUAAGGACGGCAUUUCCUGCUGAUUCAUAACAUUUCUGCGUUGCCGUCACGCCUCAGCGCGGGAUCCAGCAAAGAUGAAAUGGAUGUUUAAAGAGGACCAUUCCCUCGGUAAAGUGGGUUGUUAUGAAGAUGUUAUGUCAUGGACGGAGGAGAUUGUGCUUAUUCAUUCUGUACAUCGAAGAACACCGAUGUGUGGAGGCCGCUAAAAUCCGCAACAAAUAUCCGGACAGAGUACCGGUGAUCGUGGAGAAAGUGUCUGGCUCUCAGAUAGUGGACAUUGACAAGAGGAAGUACCUGGUGCCCUCUGACAUCACCGUGGCCCAGUUCAUGUGGAUCAUCAGGAAACGCAUCCAGUUACCUUCAGAGAAAGCCAUUUUCCUCUUUGUGGACAAAACAGUUCCUCAGUCCAGUCUGACUAUGGGCCAACUCUACGACAAGGAGAGGGAUGAGGACGGCUUCUUGUACGUGGCCUACAGCGGGGAGAACACUUUUGGUUAUAAAAAGGCUUUUACUACCCCACAGCGUUAACACACACCCAUACACAAUAUAUAAUUGAAAGCAAUGAAAUGCAAAAUGAAAAUGUAAUCAUUGAAGUAUUGGAGUACUACUACAUAUACAGUGCAGUACUGUACAAUAACAUCCAGUAAGCAUCCCCUAUUGAUUUACAUGUUACAUAUCUAUCUAUAUAUGUAUAUGUAUACGUGUGUAUAUAUAUAUAUAUAUAUGAUGGAUAGAUAGAUAUUAUGGCUGUCAAGUGAUUAAUUUUUAAUCAGAUUAAUCACACUCUACAACUGUGAUUAAUCAUGAUUAAUCGCAGGUUAUUUGCUUGCAUAAAUAAUAGAGAGAGAGAGAGAAUACUGUACGUGUUUCAGCAACACGAGGUGUAAUCAUGUUGCAUCAUAAUUCAUAUAUAAUAAUAAUAAAAAUUGUGGAUUAGAUUGAUAAAAGGCAUCUGAAUUGAGGAGAGUACAUGUUCUGUAUCAUCACUAGGAGAGUACACAAAAGUCAUACUUGAGUACAAAAAUAAGAGACUUUUUCUCUGUUGUAGGCGUUACUACUAAGUUUGCUAAUGAUCCGAUACUAAUGGUCAGUAUCGCUGAUGCGAUACUGACCAUUGGUAUCAUUGAACAAUUUGUGGCAUGGCAAGAUUUGUUACUCACGAUUAUGACCCGAACAAGGAUUGAAGGCAAACAAAACAAAACACAAUUGUUAACACUUAUUUGUGAACAACACAACACUAUAAAAUAAAUAAAUAAUACCUUUUAAGUACAAAUGAGUCAAGAAAAGCAAGUUUGGUUCUUAUUCUUUACACACAAUGUGUUUUUUAAUUUGAAACUCUCAAAAUAAAGUCAAAUUUGUGUCUAUCACAUUUACAGUUAAGAAAAGAUACACAUUUGAGUAUAUAUAUAUAUAUAUAUCUAUAUCUAUAUCUAUAUAUAUAUAUAUAUAUAUAUAUAUAUAUAUAUAUAUAUAUAUAUAGGGCAGCACGGUGGAAGAAGGGUUAGUGCAUCUGCCUCACAAUACGAAGGUCCUGAGUAGUCUUGGGUUUAAUCCCGGGCUCGGGAUCUUUCUGUGUGGAGUUUGCAUGUCCUCCCCGUGACUGCGUGGGUUCCCUCCGGGUACUCCGGCUUCCUCCCACUUCCAAAGACAUGCACCUGGGGAUAAGUUGAUUGGCAACACUAAAUUGGCCCUAGUGUGUGAAUGUUGUCUGUCUAUCUGUGUUGGCCCUGCGAUGAGGUGGCAACUUGUCCAGGGUGUACCCCGCCUUCCGCCCGAUUGUAGCUGAGAUAGGCUCCAGCGCCCCCCGCGACCCCAAAGGGAAUAAGCGGUAGAAAAUGGAUGGAUGGAUGGAUAUAUAUAUAUAUAUAUAUAUAUAUAUAUAUAUUCCCCUCGGGGAUUAAUAAAGUAUUUCUGAUUCUGAUUCUGAUAUAUAUAUAUAUAUAUAUAUAUAUAUAUAUAUAUAUAUAUUAUUUAAACUACCGUAUUUUUCUGAAUAUAAGUCGCACCUGCCGAAAAUGCAUAAUAAAGAAGGAAAAAAACAUAUAUAAAUCGCACUGGAGCCCGGCCAAACUAUGAAAAAAAGUGCGACUUAUAGUCCGAAAACUUGAAAAGUGUACUCCGAUAACUUUAAAGUUACUAAGAUGUCUGAAGGAGUGAGUUUUUAGCAUAGAAUUACAAGUACAGUACAUCAGGAUACAAGUGCUUACAAGCAGGGCAGUUGCUAAGAAUUUAAGGGCCCCCUGAAACAAUAUUGGUGUGGCCCCCCUCUACCUCCUUCAUUCCGUGUGUGUGGCAGUGUGGGGCCUUAGAAUCGACGGGACUGCUUACACGUAUUUUGAGAUACAAGCUGUCACUCAACUUUUGGUGGGCUUUGAAUUAUGAGCCUCCUCAUCACUACUUGGUGUAGUGAAAGUCACAGUGAACCUAGUAAGAUUCCACCAAAACAUCCGGUCUUACUCGUUAGCAUGAGUUACUUUGUUUUUCCAAGCGUGAGAAGGAAGUAAUUGAGUAUGAAGGACAGUGUUGAGACAAAGAAGUGGAUGAUAUUCAUUGAAAAAAAGAAAUAAAUCAUCAAAAACGUGACAGAUCUAGCUAGCUAAUAAGCUAACCUAACUAGCUAUUGCUCGCUGACUUGAUGAAGCAGUUGGAACGUAGCAGGACUAGUCUGCACCACACUGAAGAGUGAGUCGAUAAUGCCAGCUAAAGACUUUAAAAUAAUAUCCAAACAUUUAUCCAUGAAAAUAUGGAGAAGCUGAUGAUGAUGUGCUUGACGGAGAAGCAGCUGGAAGGAGAUAUGGUCCCCUUUCCAAGGUAAAUACUGUACAUUAUUUCAUAAAAUAUUGUACUUGUUUUCACGAUUGUUUUUCAUACAAUAUGUGUUAUUUAAAAGUAUGUUUUUCUCUUUAAAAUGCUUGUUUCGUGUUCAAGUUGUGUGCUGUUUUGGGGGCCAAGCACCGAUAAAAUGGAUUUGAAUUCACUUCAAUGUACAAACACUGUCACAGAUCCAAUUAUACUUGAUAUCCUGAAUUACUAUAUGUACAUUCUUUGACGAUAGCAUUUUGAGAGAAAUUCAACAAAGUGAUGUAUUUUAAGAAUAGAUAAAAAAAUUUUAAAAAAAAAGGAAGAUAUUGUAGGCAAAAAGGCUGCUUCUUUUUCUUUUUUCACCAUUUAGUUUUCUCAUUCUUCUUGCAGUAUUUGACAAAAAUAAAAUGAAUAAAAGUGUUUACAGCGGUACUGUGUUGAAUGAAUAAUACACAAUAUGUACUGUACUUCACAGCUUUCUUCUCAUUUUUCAUUGUGUUCCUAAAUGCCACAGAAGUUGCUCAUUAUUUUAGUGUUAUUGUGUUUUUUUUUAAUACAAUAUUUAAUACCAUUGAAGUCUUAUGAGCUAGUAACAUUCAUAAUAUUACCAUAUUCAUACAUAUAUUAAAAAGUUCACCAAUACUACUACUAUACUACUGUAAUGUGAAGGUGCCUGCAAACUUGCUAGUAAGUACACAAACUACAGGGUGUCGCUAAAGUUUGCACACGUACAGUAGGCAGAAAUAUAUAUACAGUACAGGCCAAAAGUUUGGACACACCUCAUUCAUUGCGUUUUCUUUAUUUUCAUGACUAUUUUACAUUGUAGAUUGUCACUGAAGGCAUCAAAACUAUGAAUGAACACAUGUGGAGUUAUGUACUUCACAAAAAAAGGUGAAAUAACCGAAAAUAUGUUUUAUAUUCUUCAAAAUAGCCACCCUUUGCACACUCUUGGCAUUCUCUCGACGAGCUUUAAGAGGUAGUCACCUGAAAGGGUUUUCACUUCACAGGUGUCAUAGUUGUGAUGCCUUCAGUGACAAUCACCAAUAGUCAUGAAAAUAAAGAUAAUGCAUUGAAAUGAGGUGUGUCCAAACUUUUGGCCUGUACUGUAUAAAAACACAUUCAUAUUUAUUUCUACUUUAAUGUGAGUAUAGCAUGAAUAGAUGUGUAAAUAUGUACAUGUUCUUCUUUUUUAAAACAUAAUUUUUCACGUUUAAAUGAUGUAUUUGUAUUGUUUAAGGUAUAUGUUUAUUUCAAACAGUAUAUGACCCGAAUAAUAAUUACAUGCAUGAAACCAAAAUAGUCCCAUGCAAUGUUCCUCUGCGCUUUGGAUACUUGUCAUGUUUUUCUAUCAAAGUGUGACAUAAUUCAUGUUAGGAUAUUCAGUAUUUGUUUGGAUCAGCACUUAUUGAUUACUACAUGUGUUGUAAAGACAUAAUUAAUACAAAUGCAUCAAACAGAUGUUUUGUCACAUAACUGAUUCAUCAGCAACUAUCUUUUUUUUAAAUUGUUUUUAAAUAACUCUGCAUAUAGUAAAAAUACAUGAAUUGUAUUCAUAAUAUAUAUAAUGAUAAUGGUUUUGACAACUAACCUGCUUUAUCGCACACAACAGAAUGUUUGUUCAGGUAUGUACUGUACAGUGGAACACGUUUAUGUCGACAUUACUCAGACUGGCGGACCUGCGUUGACAUAAAACGGUUGUUGACAUAAGCUAAAUUAUCUAUUGUUUGCACUUUUACUUGUGAUUUUGUCCAGAGAAAUAAUGUGUGAAAAUAAAAGAUUUUUGGUGGUGACAA